AGGCGUGGAGCAGCCUAGUACACUCGGCUCGCCAGGCGCAGCAGCCGGAGCGGGGAGCUUCCGACGGGGUGUGCGGGCCGGGCCUGCGGCCCUGCGCUUCGCUUCUUUCUCACACACUUCGGCCCCACGCUUUGGGUGGAGGUGGACGUAGCUCACCGCCACACUACCAAGGGAGAGCGGCCGCCGGGGAGCACGCAGAAGGUUACUCCAGGCUGCGGGCGGGGUGGGGCGGGGCGGCGGGGACUGGGUUCCCCUCGCCCGCACCCCGGCCGCGCCUGUGACGCCCCUCCCUCAGCUCAUGGCACCGCCUCUCCCCUGCGAUCUGUAGCUGCUAGCUCGCGCGUCGACUAUAGAUCACUCCUUUCUUUUCUGUUCCUGUUUUCCCACAUAGCCGAGCUCUGCUUUCUUUGCCCGCUCCAGUCCUUUUUAGGUAGAUCACUUUCCUGUCUGGAGAAACCACUGCACCAUCCCUUCUCGCGGCCCUUCUUAGAUCCCUAAGUAGGGGCCACCUCCUGCGCUUCGGGUGCUUGUCGCAUCCCUGCACUGAGAGGAGGGAAAGUGACUGCGCAGUUCUACUAGACCCAAAUGAAGCUUAUUCGCAUAUGGUACUUACUAUAUAUAGUCGACGCAUCCGCACGCAUCUCCCUUUAAACCGACAGGCUGUUUUUCCUUCGACAGCCUUGGCCGCUCACUUUUAUUCUCAUGUCACUUGUAGAAAAGCAAAGGGUAGCUGUGCUCAGUGGGACAGGGCUGGGUAUGGUUCAGUGGUAGAGCACUUGCCUAGCAUGCACAAGGUCCUGAGUUUAAUUCCCAGUACCACCAAGGGGCAUUCAUCUCUCUUUAGCCAGUACUAGCACCUACCUUUCUCUGACAAGACAAGGCAGAAUUCUGCCUCUACACUACUCCAGAGAGUUUCAGUAUAGUGACAAAAUGUCUGUACGGACAUCUUCCCCAGAUUCAUGUGUAGUAAAUACCUGUGACACUACAAAUACUUCAAGUGCCAGUAACAAUAUUGUCUGAGAUCUCCGGGAUUCCACCUCUUACAAAAAUAGUACUGAAAUUCUCAAGCGUAAAUCUAGUAUAAAGGGCCCUUCCUUAUCUUAAAUGAUUUUAUCUUUACUAAAGAAACCAGCUCCGCAACCUACUCGGGACCAAUUCGGUCUCUCUCGGACAGAAGCUUUCUUUCUCACUAAAUAUAUUCUACUCUUAAAAAGAAAGAAAGAUUAUAUGUGCCAACUCAUUCAGAUCAUAGCUUCAGUUCUACAGAUUACUGCAGAUUUUUGUUCAAAAUCAUCCUCUGUGGAGCCCUUUGGUCUGCUCAAUUUAGAGUAUUUCUUGCUCUUACUGUUGAGGGACGGAGUAGCUACAGAAUUUGUAGCUAAGUAGAGGUGUUACUCCUAGGAUUUCCAAACACUGCUCAGCUGUGCUUGAAUGAUAUAGACAUGACGACUUAACUCUGGCUGGCUAUUCCCUUAAGGAGUCUUGCUUACUGUCUCUUAAGAUUCUUAACCUUACUAAAGUUAGUCUAUUAGCCUGUUAAAGGUGUUUCUUAUAUUAGAAAGGUGAACACUUACUUUGGCAAUUUGCCCGUAGCUGGAUAGUUUCCUUGGCAGCUGCUGUGGGUUUUUAAUAGUCUUGUGGAAUUACUCAGAAGUAAUCUUAGUUUUUCCCUGGUGAUGUUACUAUUAAUUUUGUCAGAUACUCAUCAUAGACUCUCACCUUUCUACAGGUGAGAUAAGAUUCUGGUACUGUUCAUUAUUCUCAUCUUGUGUUGUGCAGAGAACUAAUGUGUCCAUGACUUCUAUUGCCAUAAGGGAAGUUAGAAUUUGGACUGAAAACUGGGCUGGGGAUAUAGCUCAAUGGCAUAAACACCUGCCUGAAAUUUUUCACUUUAAAAUAUUGUGCUGGGAAUCAAAUCCAGGGAAUAGAAAAAUUUUUUGCUACUAAUCAAAAGACUUAUUAAAAUUAAUCAAUUAAUUUUGUGAUACUGGGGAUUGAACAUAGGGCCUUCAUGCUGAGCUACAUCCCCAGCCCUUUAUUUUUAUUUUAAAAUAGUUUCUCACUAAGUCACUUAGUUUCCCAGGCUAAUCUCAAGCUUGCAAUCCUCCUGUCUCAGCUGCCCAGAGUGCUAGGAUUACAAAAUUUAUUUUAAUCCUAAUCCUGUAUAGAUGGAGACUUGUUUUCCUCUCCUUCCUCCCGAAUUUCUUCUUCCUUUUCUUCCUUUUCCCUGAAGUUAGAGGAAUUUCACCUUGCUAUUCUGUUUAGGAAGAACGGAUUAUGACUUCCAGCUGACAUUUAUGAUUGGAGAAAGAAGGAAAAGGGGCCUUCCAAGUACAUUUAUCAUGUAGAGAUUACCCACUCUUUUAUUCAGCUUUUUAAAAAUUAGAUACAAUGUAUUCACUGCAUUUGGGGAGAACUCCAGUGGCCUUCUGUUUUGUCACCAGGCAGGAAAGGAGACAACAGGUUAAAACAUACUGCUUUUAAUCCUUUAUCUCUGAUUUAGAUGCUAAAUGCUAUAUAAUACUUAUCAAUAUUUUCUCAAGAGGUAGCGAGGCAUGGUGUUGCAUGUCUGUAAUCCCAGCACUCAGGAGGCUGAGGCCGGAGGAUCACCACAAAUUUGAAGCCGCCCUCUGCUACAUAGUGAGUUCAAGGCUAGCCUAAACUACAGAUGAGAUACUGUAGUUUAAAUUCUUUUUUUUUUUUUUUUUGUCUUUUUACUUUUUAUCAGUACCGGGGAUCGAACUCACGACUGCCUGCUUGCAAGGCAGGCGCUUAUGCCGCUGAGCUAAAUCCCCAGCCCCCAAGAUACUGUAGUUUUAAAAAAAAAAGAAAAGAAAGAAAGUUGCCACCUUUAGGUAUUUGCUAUGGGAAUGCUGGUGAUAUCUCAAAAUUCCCUAGUUCUUCAUAGUAGCUGUCUGCAUAACUGACCACAGGAUUAUUCCUUUGGAAACAAACUGUAUUAGAAGAUGCUGAAUAAUGAUGGAACAUUUUAAGAAGCCCCCAAGUAAGUGGGGUGCAAAGUAAAGGCAUUCAUUGUGAGUUACUAGCACUUCUCAGAUUUGAACUGCAUACUUUUUUUUUUGGUACUGGGAACUGAACUCAGGACCUUGUGCUUGCCAGGCAGGCACUUAAACCUCUGAGUUAUGUCCUCAACCCCUUCUCAGAUUUAAAAAAUAGAACAGUUUUGUAGCAUGUCCCUGACAAACUUACCAAUGUUAAGACUCCAAGCAUGGCUUCUUUCCAAAAGCGACAGAGUGCUCUUACGCGUUUAUUAUAACCUGGGAGAGUUUCUUGUGUGAUUCUUUCAUCCUCCCAUUCUGUGUGCCAUUCAUUGAGGGCAUACUGAAUGAAUUCCAACUCCUUCUUCUGACACCCAAGGCUUACCAAGGUCUGGUUCUAGCUUUGCUUUCCGGUGCUGUUAGUCUGCAGUCCCCUAGUGAGUGUUCUCUUUUACAUAUCUGGAGGAAAAGUGCUCAUUAGGCAACAGAUACAGGUAUCACUAUGGAUAGGCAGAUGUCAUUACAUAGAACUGCCAGUACUUCAUAAGCUUGCAUCUGCCCGUUUUACUCUAUAUUCUUAUCAGCAGAAGUGUUUGCCUGCCUCUCCUUACCUGCCAUGUACUUAGCCAUCACUCAUAGUUGAGCUCAAGUCCUGCUUCAGUUACAAACCCAUUCUUUAUCCUGCUUGUGAGAAUUCACUUUUCAUCCCUAUUUUGAUCCCAUGGCCCUUCAUUUUGGCCCCAUGUUAAGUUUGCCUUGUAUUUCUGUCUGCACAUCUGUCUCCUGGGAUAUUUUUUGGGAGACUUAACUUGGACUCUAUUUUUUCAUGGCACUAGGACACUGUCCUUGAGUUAUAGAAACAUAUGGUCUGAUGAUCCCCUGGAAGUUCCAGAGGCUGCUUAUGUGAAUAGUGUAGGAAGGAUUGUGUGGACAUAAUUGCUAUUUUUGAAAGACAAAGAUUGAAUGCUAACAACAAAAACUGAGUUUAUCGUUUACCUACCUUGAGGGAAUAUUCAACAUUUUGGUCAGUAUCUGUGGUAGUCACUUUCCUUAUCUCUGUCUGGAACACAGUGCCUGACACCCACAACAUAGACGAAGAGAGGUUUCCAUCUGCAGGAGGCUGGCUCCAGGGCAGGAGGCACACAGUGGAAAGUCCUGGGUGGCAAGCCGAGAGAGUCCUGGGAGAAGGCGGAAGGGGAAGGGUCCUGAGCCCUUCUAGGACAUGCCCCCAGGAACCUUCCUCUUUGGAGACCUCAUCUGCUAUCAGCAAGUUAGGUAGAAACCCUCAAUGCCAAUCACUUUCCAGAAGCUCUGCCUGAGGCCCUGGGGGAACAUCUAGAUAUAAAGCAUAACGAUGUCUUUUCUGUUGUUUGUUUCAUCCACACACACACUCAUAUACACACAGUACUUAUCAUCAUUUACUUGUUAUUGAGAAUCUGUUGGCUUGGACUGAACACUAUAGCAAUAAUGUGAGUCUCUACCCUCAUGUAUUCAGAAUUUGUUGGCAUAUGCUUUGUAUUUUGCAUUUUCACUUAGUGUAUCAUUUUCCUCCUGCCAUUGAAUGCUGUCCUUCCGUGGCUUAACAGAAUUUUAGCACAUAGGUAGAUGCUCUUUGACUGAACCUUUUGUUGUACAUUCAGGUCAUUGUCUAUUUUGCCUGUGAUUAUAUGACAACAGUAUGAGGACUAUUCUCGUGUGGUAUGCAGAAUUCUAAGAUGACCUCCAGUGGCCCUCACCUUUUAUUCCCCGACCUGUGAACAUAAUAAGAUAACACUCUGGUUAUGUUAUGCUACAUACCCGGAAAGUCUGCAGAUGAAAUCAGUGUUAAUCAUUUGGCUUUGUGUUCAUCAAAGGGGGGUAAUAUGAACAACCCCAACACAACACAAGGGCUCAUUAAAUGCAGAGGAUUUUCUCACACCAGUGGCAAUGCAGGAAGCCAGAUUCAGAAUGUCUAGGAGAUUCCACGGGAGAAAUUCUCUGUGGUAAGAUGAAGAGGGCUAUAGACAGGGACUUGAUGGGAUGCUCUGGGAACUGAGAGUGGUCUCUGCCAACACCCAACAAAAAUGCCAAGGACCUCAUUGCUACAACAGCAAAGAAUGAAUUCUCCAAGUGGCCUGAAUGAGCUUGGAAACAAAUUGUUUCCCAGAGUAUGCAGUUAACAGUCCUCCCCUGACAUCAGGAUUUCUGCUUUCUGAAACCCUAACCAGUGGAGCCAGGGGAACCCUCCGGACUUCACACCCCCAGAAGUGCGAGAGCAUCCAUGGCAGUUGUUCUGAGCCACUAGCACAGAGUAAUCUAUUACCUAUCAAUAACAAAUUAACACAUUUCUAGUAAGUUAUUUUUACAUCUAAAAUUAUUCUUUCAGAAUAAAAAUCCUAGACAGAGUCUAUCUGGAUAAGGUUAUGUAUAUUUUUAAGAUUUCAGUUACUAAUUUGCCCUCCAUAAGCUUGGUACCAAUUGUGUGCCUCCUAAGCACCUAUGUACUGUACGUUGGCAAACACUAGAUGCUGCCAUUCUGAUAUGCAAAAACAAAAGGUUAUCUCAUUUUAUUUCAUGAGACAGGGUCUCUCUGUGUUGCUCAGACUGGCCUCAAAGUUGCAAUCCUCUUGCCUCAACCUCCCAAGCGUUGGUAUUACGAGUACAUACCAUCACGACUGACAUGGUAUUCCUUUCUUAUUGCUGUUAGGAUUGAGCAUUUUCUUCAUUUGGAGUUCAGUGGUUAAGUCUUAUGUAGUGAAGCAACAGUAACUUUACUGUUGACAUUGGGAAAAUAUUCCCUAACACGCAGAAUAGUGUUUCUCUGCCAUAAAACGUUCAAAGGGCAAAGUGAUUAAAGAGCUUAGUUGAGAGGAUGAAUACUUCAUAGAAAUAAGAGUUACUGCCAUUUUUCCCUGCAAAAUAGCAUACCAGAUAUUGUAUUGUAGGAGGCUUGAGAACAUCCAUUUCAUUGGUUAGCCAGUGUUGAUACUUUAUGCUUUUCUAUAGGAAAAAAGUCCCUUUGCCUUGUUUGGAAUUAUAUAUUUUGAUUAUUUUAUGAAUAUAUUGUGAAAAAAUUUUCAUGAAAAAUUAUAACUUUGCUGUUUUGGAAGGAAAAAAUACUGUUAAUGGGGGCUAAGAUCUUUCUAUCACUCCUUUCAAUUUGAUCAAGAUAACCUAUAAUCUCUGAUUAUACAUAGAAAUUUAGUAGUCCUUAUUUGACAUGCUUGGGGCCAGAAAUAUUUCAUGUUUGAGGUUUAUUCAAAUUUGGAUUACUUGCAUAGACUUAACAAAUGAACAUCCAUAAUCUAUAAAUCCAUUGAAUUUCAGAUUUUUGGGUUAGGAAUGCUCCACCUGUAUGACAUUAUUUUAACCCAGAUGCAGUAAGAGGAAAUUCAAGUUUUAUAGAUACAUGAAGAAGAGUUUUUCCCGCAGCUGCCUGCUCAUAUCUCAUUUACCUAGAAAGGCUAGAACUCCUAAUCCUAUACUUCCAGGAGGCCUGACAUGGCUGUUUUGUUGUUUAUUUGUUUUGUUUUUUGUCUAGGUAGAUGUUGGAAAUACUAACUUGGUGUGAGGGGCAUAAAAUGUAUCACUGUGAUCAGAGAAAGUCCACCAGUGUGAUUUAAGGGUGCUAUAAUAUAGUGAAAAGAAUGUGGAGUUGGUGUUUUAAAAGCCUGGAUUCUGGACUGCACCCAACCACAUAAUAGUUUGAUCACUGAAAUCCAGCUUUAAUUUUCUGAUCAGUUAUUUGAAAUACAGAUAGUAAAGCAAUUUGGAAACCAAAACCCAGGAUUAUUAUAUGACCUUUUUUGUAUGAGUAUUCCUCCUUUAUUCCUCUGAUAAAAACUCCUUUGAGUUGGACAACAGAGACUGAAGUAUUUUGAUAAAACAUUUUGUCAAAAAAUUUUGUGCAAAAAAGAUGUUCAAGUCAUCAGCAAAAAACCCCGGAGUGCCCACCCUCUCUUGCCGUCCUCUAAUGAUCUUAUCUUGGACCCUGUCAGGCCAGAGCUGAAAGACUGAGAGCAUUUGGAGCCCUGUGACUGUUCUCAUGGUUCUGUUGAGUGAUGGAAGAGAACUCCGUGCUUUCACUGUGUGUUUGGAGAGAGAUUCUUGCUUCCAUUUGCAAGGGGAAUUUCCUAACAUCCCUGAAUUGUAGAGUCAUACAGCUGAAGGAUUUAAGGGAAAAGAUAAUGCUGGUGAGAUCAUUAUACAUUUGUCAAGCACUGUCUAUACAUGCUAAGUGCUUUGCAGUCUUUUACUAAAUCUCAUUGAAUAUGCAAGAACCCUUAUGAGGUAGGUCCUAUGGUUACCCCCAUUUUACAGGUAAGGGACCUGGAACUUCAGUGGUUAAGUAAAUGUCUCAGGAUCCCAUAAAUACUAAAUGACAUUAUUUCUCUGUUCAGAUCUGUAUAGGACCAAAGUCCUAUAACCUUAUUUAUACUAUGAUAAGUCCUUUUUUUAAUACUUGAGAAGUAGAAGUCCUUCGAGGGUAAGAACCAGAGUCACCCUACUUCCUACUCUGAGUCUAGAACCCCUGUCUACAUUAUAUCCUCUUAUUUAUUUGUUUAUUCCUAUUCAUUUUCUCAAGUAUUUGUGGCCCAUGUACAUUUUACUCAGGUAUUCAAUUGAUAAAUAAGUUACUGAACUUUUAAGCUUUGAGGUGGAAGGUCAUUUAGAUUUUUAAAACUGAAUUAUUAAUGUCCUGAAUUUUUUCUUAGUGAAGCAUUUUCUACCAGACUCCUAUAAAGAGCCAGUGUCUCCUAUGUGCUAUUAAAAGUCGAGCCUUGUGACCACUGUCUGACUGUGUGUUUUUCUUUUAGAGAAGUCAGAGAGUGCAGUAUGUGACCUCGUGUAAAAAUAGCCAUCAAGGAUCUAUCCAACAUCAUUUUUAGUUCUUUAGUUUUGGCGAGCCCACAUUUUAAAAACAGAUUGAAUUUGUCUGAUUUGUUUCGAGUAUAUAUUAGAACACAUUUGCAGACAAGUGGGGAUUCGGGUGCAGAGCAGAGCUAGAGAACUUUUACAGAGAGCCCUUCAGGUGAAAGAAGACAACUUCUAGAAGGAUUCUACCAUUUCCUUCUUUACCCUUGAAGAGGCUUGAAAAUGAAUGGAUAACAUUUCACAUGAAAUUUUUGAAUGUAUUUUCUCCUUAUCUGUGAGGCCUUCUGCGGAGAAUUAAUAGGAGGUAGUUGAAUGCAUGCAUAGAUAAAAUGGGUCAUCUUAAAGGCUUGCAGUUCCAAAAAUACAUGGGCAAGACUGGACAGGUUUGACACAAUGAGAUUUCUAUUUUAGCUUGACUUCUGGAACCGAAUACACUGUAAACUGAACUGUGCAAAGUCCGAAGAAGGAAGUUUCUCUUCUAAAACAUUCUAGUUGCAUAUAACAUUCUUCUCCUUCAGAUCCUUUUGAGAAAAAUAUAUUUAGUCAUCAGUUUCCGGAGGAGUAAGACAUUUCCAACUUGUAAUCUAUGAAGUGCGAUAGAAAGCAAUAAUCUAUAUUUUACCGAAACACGGGUUUAAAGAAACAGAGGCAUGGCAGGAAGCGAAGAAAGCGCUGCAGCUGUGCAGGCCGAGGUGGCAGAGGCUGCUGGGGCCGCCUCCUCUCUGCCGGCCACAGUGAAGAAAAAGAAGAGCCUGUCCAUUGAGGAGAAGAUUGACAUCAUCAAUGCCGUGGAGAGCGGCAAGAAGAAAGCAGAAAUUGCGGCUGAAUAUGGAAUAAAGAAAAAUUCACUGUCUUCUAUUAUGAAAAAUAAAGACAAAGUCCUAGAAGCCUUCGAAUCUCUGAGAUUUGAUCCAAAAAGGAAAAGACUGAGAACUGCUUUUUAUACCGACCUGGAAGAGGCAUUAAUGCGGUGGUAUCGGAUCGCUCAGUGUCUAAAUGUACCGGUUAAUGGCCCAAUGCUGCGUCUCAAAGCUAAUGAUUUUGCCCAGAAGCUGGGCCAUAAUGAUUUUAAGUGCAGUAACGGUUGGCUGGAUCGUUUUAAAUCUAGGUACGGCUUAGUAUUCAGAGCUCAACCUGCAGAAGCUUCAGGGAUUCCUGUAGAUCCUUCAACUGUGUGGUCUCAAAAUGUGCUUCCUUAUUAUUUAAAUGAUUACCACCCUAAAAAUGUUUUUAACAUCAAAGAGACGGCGCUGCUUUAUAGAAUGUUACCUACCAACACAUUUGCAUUUAAAGGAGAAACAUGUUCAGUCGGAAAGUUAUGCAAGGACAGGAUAACUCUGGUUGUUGGUGCAAACAUGGAUGGCUCAGAGAAACUUCCCUUGCUUGUCAUCGGCAAAAACAGGAACCCGCAUUGCUUCAGAGGUGUAAAAUCACUGCCUGUGUAUUACGAAGCUAACAGAAUGGCGUGGAUGACCUCAGAUAUCUUUGAGCAAUGGAUGCAGAAGCUUGAUGAAAUAUUUCAAGCCCAGCAACGAAGAGUGGUGAUUUUUGUUGAUUCUUUUCCUGCACAUCCAGAGGUCAAGAGCCUAAAAUCCAUUGAGUUAGCGUUCUUUCCAUCGUGUUUAUCUGCCAAAUACAUAGCUAUGAAGCAAGGAGUUAUCAAAAGUCUUAAAAUUAAGUAUCGACACUGUCUCAUCAAGAAAUUUUUAAACUCCGUUGAAAGUAGCAAAGAAUUCACCUUUUCACUGCUAGAUGCGGUGGACACAUUGCAUCUCUGCUGGAGGACUGUGACCACAGAGACUAUUGUUAGAAGUUAUGAAGAAGCAGGAUUCAGAUCUCAGAAGGAAGAGCGUGGCCCAGCGGAUGGACAGACUGCUGGUGGUCUGGAUCCGGUUGCGCAGGCCGUAGGGGCAGGAGUGGAAUUUCCGGAAGGUUUGUCUAUAGAGGAGUACGCGGCCCUGGAUGAGGACCUGGAAACCUGCGAGGCAGCUGCAGACGACAGCUCUGAAGGCACCGAAGAAAGCAAAGCAGACGAGCCUGGAUUUUACAGUUCCGAUGAGGAGGAGGACGGCGGAGCUCUGGAAACCCCACCACCUUUACCAUCAAAGAAUGAAGCGGUGAUUGCCUUGGACACUCUUAAGAAAUUUCUGAGAAGCCACGAGAUAAAGGAUGAACUUCAGAAUUCUUUAGCAGACCUUGAAAAUUUUAUGAACUCUUUGUCACCUACAUAAUUAUUCGUUGUCCAUCUGAAGAAGAGUUGCUUUUCUUGAUGUAUUUUGUUAUAAAAGGUAUGUGAAGGGGAAUUACCUCCUAAAGGUUAAAAAAAAUAAAAAACUAGUAAUCUUUGCUUUAAUGCAAAAGGCUUUGGUCAGAAUAGCAAAGCUCCCAAGUAAAUGAUGAUUAAAUAUAAUUAGGUGAAAUUCUACAGCAAGAUUGAGGGGAGCAGGAAGCAUGUUUCAGAAGCAUUGUAUUUGAUACAUGUAGUGUAUAUAAAUAUAUAAAAUGACUGUUCAGUUAUCUGCUUUACACACACUGGAAUCGGUGACUGCUCUGUGUUUUAUAAAGUUCAAAUCAUAUUCUAGAAUACUUUAUCUGCCUAGUGCCUAAGAAACAAAUAUCAAUAACUUAGAUAUUUAUUUUUAUAAAGAUAUAUAUAUACAUAUAUAUGCCAUGUAUCCUGAUAGACUUUAGAGUAUCAAGUAUCAAAGUAGUUUUAAAUUAUUUUUCUUAUAGCUAAAUUUCUUAAAAAGAAACUGGGAAAAGCUACUAAAACUAGACACAGUGGUACACUGAAAAUAAACUCUGAUAUAGCUAUAUACCAAAAUGAUUAAAAAUAUAUGUGUUACUUUCAGGUUAUUUUUACAAAAGGUCAAAUUAAAGAUUAUGACCAUAUCAGGGUUUUUUCAUCUAUAGUCAGAAAAUAUGGAUCCUUCUUAAAUAUACAUGUGUUAAAUGUAUGUGUGUGUGUUUAACAGAAAAGUGCUUUCUUGCAACAUUUAUUAAACUCUUGUGAUAUUUAUAUUUUAACAAGAUUAUUCUUAGAAGAUUGAUGUACAAAUACAUGUACUAAAAUAAUGUAAAAAUACAUUUACUAAAAAAAGAAAAUAUAUGAUACUUAGAUAUUUUUCUAAUUUUAACAUCUUAGGGUUUUAAUCUAAAUAUUAAUAAUUUUCUUGGUUUAUUGAAUUUUAUUUUCAGAAAAGACAAAAUGUUCUGUCAGCAUAAUUUGAUGUAUUUAAUCUUCCCCUUCCAAAAUUUAAUGAGUAAUGUUUUGGGUUAAAAUUCUGCUUAAGGAAGUUUUAUCUGUGAAAUGCUUUUUAAACAACUGUGUGAAAUUAUUUAACCUCUAGUGUUUAAACAGUAGACAAUUAUAGCAAUGCACCAGACUUGUCCCUGUUACAUUUUAAACACUAUCCCUAUUUAUUACAGCUAAGUAGUGGACAGUUUGGAAAGUAUUUUGUAAAAAUAUAAAAUACACAGAUAAUUUUUGGUAUGAAUUACCAAACAGAUGGCAUUCACUUGAAAGAAAUAGUUACAGAAAGCAUUUUUAUUUUCUUUUGUUGAUUUACUCUUGCUUUUGAGAUUUACUAAUAGUAAGACUUUUAUAAUGAUAUUAAGGGAGUCUCUUUUGAAGUGAAAUAUAGAUUAUUUAAGUUAAAAGCAUUUAUAAUGACUUGAUUUAGAAUUUUAAUUUGAUAGAAUCAUGAACCUAAAAGGAACUCUUAAGACUCUCACUUGUAACCAUAAUACCUCGCAUAUUAUGAGCCUUACAUGAUUUUUUUCUUUCUCCACAUAAUGCUUUUUGUUCUUUUGAUUGUUGAUUAUCUCAGAUACUCUAUGAUAUAAGAAUUAUCUUCAUAUUUACAAAUGAGGAGAUUAAAACUUGGAAGGGUAAAAUGAUUUGGUUAAAACCUCAGAGUCAAAACUAAAAUGCAGUAGUUCCCAUCAUGUAGUCCUGCAUCCCCUUCAUCAUGUGCCACAGUGCUUUGCAUCUGCCCUGAAUAAAAGAAAAUUCUACUCUUUUCCUUUGAGGAUUUAGUGGAUCCCUCAAGGUCUUACCUGAGCAAUUACUAAGGAAAUACCGAGAUACCUUCUGAUUUAGUAAUUGUUUUCCACUCUCCUAGAGGUUCCUUUAUAUUUCUGUUGAAACUAUUUAAAAUAACUUUAAUAUUUCUGAAGUGUUGAAAGCACCUAUUCUUUUUCUCUCCAAAUGACAGGAUCAAUUUCUUACUUGUAAAUACCUAUGAGUCAUAAUAAAGUUAGACAAAAGUGCAUAAAAUUUGAAUAAGAAAAAAGUGCCUGGAGAUUUAAAUUCAAAGAUAAACUUUAAGUUGUUAAUGCUGUGCACUUCCCUGUGUAGUUUAUAAGACAUAUAGAUUUAAACAAUUUUUGGAAAAAGAAUGUAGAAAUUAAUAUUCUUAGUACAUAAACAAUCACUACGGUGCACCUCCUAAUUUGUCUUCUCUAUACAGUCAAUACAAAGUCAGAAAUAAAUGUCAUUUGUCAUUUCAAAAAAUAACUUGAUUUAUAGUCUACCUGUUUUAAAUUAAAUGUGUCCUUAGUUUCAUCCUUACUGCCUUAUAAAGUUCUCCUGUUUCAACGGUGUCUGCUUCUUUUUAUUUCAUCGAGAGUGAGUCUUACAUCAAACUGAGGACAUUGUUUCACAAUCUCUGGCUGUGGAACUACUAGUGAAAGGUUUGGUUCAGGAUAAAAUAGGACAGUGGUAAAAUCUAGGCCCGUGGGUCUCCUGUUGUCUACCUGGCCUCUCCAUUAGACCUGUCCUCAAGUCUCAAACCUUCCUUUUGACUGUACAUAAGGCAGAUUAAUUGGGUAGGAGGAGGAGAAGUCCCUUUGGUGGCCCAGGUUAGGGUCUCCAGUUCUGUGGGGACGGAUGGUGAGAGGUUUGACCCUCAGAAGGGCCAGUGGCACAUCAUUCAGCAGUUUCCCAACCCAGGGCUGGGCUGAAUCUCCGAGGCUUUGGAAGUGACCUGAGCUAAGCGUAGCAUGGAGUGAAUCAGUCAGGAGGUUCCAUCAGUUGCUAAGAGAUGAUCCCACCACCUUAAAGCUUAGGUUGGAAGCCAUGGUGUUUGUGUAGGUUCUCAGAAAAGAUUUCAUUCGAUUACAUCAAAUCUAGCUUUGAUUCUGUACUUCCUUAUUGGAAGGCAUGUACUUGUCAUUCUCAGUUUGCUCCACUCAGAAAAAGAGACGGACACUUCCUUUGUAUUUAUUUUGAGGAUUCAAGAAAAUUUGGCAUGUGACUGCAUACAGCAAAAUGAAGUUUUCCACAGCUAUAAAGAAUGGCUAGAAAGGUUACUACAAAAUAUGCCCCAGUGUUAUGCUGUAGUUGCUAAAUAUCAGUAACUUUUUUUGGAUGUUGAAGAUGGAAACCUGAGCCUCAUAAAAGCUCUACCACUAUGCCCAUAGCCCCAGCAAUAGUUUUAUUGUUGUUCUUCUGUGCAAUAAAAUAGUGAAGCUAUGUGCAAUUUACCCGCAGAGUUCAAAGUUUCAUUUUGAAUGAAGAAAUGGUGACUCUCGAAACCUUUUAUUUUUCCUGAACUGAUCUUGUGCAAAGCUCAUCACAAAGUGGUUCUUUUGCCACAUUAGCUGAUUCAAAUUCUUUGUGUUUUGGUUGCUGUAAUUCUCUUGUGAAACCUGGUAACCCAGAGCAUGAGGACAUGCUAGCAAAUGUUUUGCUGUCAUAGUCUGUUCGGUCUGCUGUUACACAAUACUAAAGACCUAGUGACCUGGACAGCAGAGGUGUAUUUGCUUGCCUUUCUGGAAGAUAGGGGGUACAUCUUAGUUAUGGAUGAGGCCUGUCCCCUUGGGUUUCAGUCCUAACUCUGUGCACAUGACCUCUUCGUGAGCGUGGAGAAAGACAGUCUUUUUGAUGUCUCCUCUUGCGAAGGUAGGAAUGCUGAUAGAAAAACCCCAAAAGACCCAAUUAUGCAUUUCUGAACUUCCGAAUCUGCUCACACUGGGGUUUCAGAGUUCAACAGAUAAGUCAGUGUGGGGAGGGGCUCCCUAGUACAGGUAAAGAUAUUCACAUAUUUAGUUUGGUAGUUGCUAAAAAAUUAAGAAGGAAUGCAUGUUUCAGAACCAGUUCAUCAGCCAUAACCAUCAGCAGGAACUU